CGUGUGUUGCUCGCGCGUGGAGGGGUUGAAGGCGACUCAAGACUCGUGAGCGAGGCGACUAGCGAGAACCCAGCUCAUCUCGAGGAAGGAGCUGACACUUAGUCAUGGAAGCCAGUAAAGGUAAAGCGGAUCAAGGGAUGCAAAACCCAGGUGGGCAGAUGGACAAACCUGUCGGCUUCCACUUCUUGGAAAGCAUGCUCCCCAAAGCAGUGAAGAGGAGAGUGCAUGCUCUGAAAAGGCUACAGGUGCAAUGUGCUAACAUAGAGGCUAAGUUCUACGAGGAGGUCCAUGAGCUAGAGAGGAAGUAUGCUGCCCUCUAUCAGCCACUGUUUGACAAGAGACGAGAUAUUGUCACGGGGACAGUGGAACCCACAGAUGAGGAGUGCGAGUGGCACAGUGACAGAGAGGAGGAGGAGGCGCUUGCUGAGGAGGUCAAGGAGAAAGCUGCUAUUGAGGAUACAAAGAAAGAGGAAGCCACGCCAGCAGAGGAUCCUAAGGGCAUCCCUGAGUUCUGGCUGACCAUAUUCAAGAGUGUGGACAUGCUGAGCGACAUGCUGCAGGUACAGGAACACGAUGAGCCCAUCCUAAAGCACCUGAAAGAUAUUCAAGUCAAGUUUUCUGAGCCAGGGCAGCCAAUGAGUUUCACAUUAGAGUUCCACUUUGAGCCCAACGGUUACUUCAACAAUGCAGUCCUAACUAAAGUCUACAAGAUGAAGUCGGAGCCUGAUGCGGCCGAGCCUUUCUCGUUUGAGGGGCCAGAGAUCAUUGACUGUGAAGGCUGUCAGAUAGAUUGGCACAAGGGGAAGGAUGUGACAGUGAAAACUAUUAAGAAGAAGCAGAAGCAUAAAGGCCGUGGCACCGUUCGUACUGUCACCAAGCAGGUCCCCAACGACUCUUUCUUCAACUUCUUUAACCCCGUCAAAGCUUCACCAGAUGGAGAAAUGGACGAAGACUCGGAGUUCACCUUAGCCACAGACUUUGAGAUCGGUCAUUUCUUCCGUGAGAGAAUAGUUCCCAGAGCAGUGCUGUAUUUCACUGGAGAGGCUCUGGAGGAUGACGAGAGCUUUGAAGAGGAGGAUCUGGAAGAGGGAGACGAAGAGGAACAAGACGAGGAAGGUGACGAAGAUGAUGACGAGGGAGACUGUGACCCCAAGGCAUAAUCAAACAUUCUCACCCCAUGCAUUUCUAGAAAGAGCAGCCCCAGCCCGCUGAAUGCAAACAGCAGUAACCGUGGCGAUCGGGAGAGGUGGAGACCUGCUGUCUGUCAAAUCAGUUCUUAGCCAAUCAGCAAGUCCUCCUACUCUUGCAGGCUCCGCCCACGUACGAACUCUCAUCUUGAACGCAAUAGAGCGCAAAUCAAACUGCGUUUUUAAUAUGUGCAUGAAUUAUUUUGUUUCUUUUCCGUUUUUUGUUUUUUUUUUGUUUUUUUUGUGUUCGUCUUGCGCCCGUCUCACCCCUUCUACUUGGCUUCAUUGAACUCAAAGCAGGAAUUGACUUGACUCAAAUUACCAUGGCAUCACAUAGGAACUGUCUCGUUCUUUGAUAAGGUGGCGUAAGGUUACUACUGACAAACUCCGAACAUCUCUCUCUCUACACAUAUAUAUAUGGUAGAAACGCAGGAAAGGAAUGGCUCCCAACUUUAGUUUUUUUUUUUUCGUAGAAAUAAUAAGUCAGUUACUCAGGGUUUUUUAAUGCCAACAUGAGACGUUUACCAGAAAACUGCUGAACAAGUUUGACUUAACCUUUCACUGGGGUUGUGUUAUUUUAUUUUUUUUUUUUUCCUUUUGUUAUGGUGUUAUCUUUGUUAAUUUUCGAAUUGCAUUUACAUUUUUUAAAUGUUCAUUGUCAUGUCAUUGGACUAUUUAUUCUGGUGUCAUGCAGCUGUUUUUUGAAAAUGUGCAUUUUUUGGCCCAGCCUACAGUUAGAGGCUCAUUCGUCAAUGACUCACAUCGUACUCGGGCUUCAGUAGGUCAACAAAACAUUAAUUACUGCCAAGUUAGUUUGUUUUUUUUGUUUAAAUCAUUGAACUGCCCAUUGGGCGUUGGGCUAAAACAAGCAUUAGACUUGAGUACUCGAGUGGACGCAACACUAAUUAGGACUCUGAAAUGUGCACGUGGUUUGAAGAUGUUGUAUAUUACUCGUCCCCGUUUGCCCCGUCACUCCUGAGAAUGCUCUUUAAACCUGUAACAACAAGGCUCGUAAAGAAUAAUUUAUUAAAGUACGGAUUGUUCAGCCUCCAGCCCGAGCAUCACAUCCCAGUCUGGUGAAACUUCCCCUUAAAAAGACGAAUGAUUGAAGCAGACACGUCCGUUAAACAUAUGUGGUUGUUUAUAAGAUGUAUCACUCCUGGUAUGUAUUGAGCUUUUUAACAAAUAUCAUUUAGAGUCGGCGACGGACGGGACAGGGUGCUGGAAGUUUGGAUCAAAUGUAAAUUCUGUUGCCAAGAAGCCAAAACGACAGAGACACCGUCCUUUUGUUUUCGUUUCGUUUCGUUUUUUUUUUUUUUUUUUUAAAUAAAAUUAAAUGUUUGCCAAUUGUCAUUAACACAAUGUAAUCUAACUCAGCAUUUAAAGUUGUUUAAGAGUAUAUAAAGUAUUUCUGUUAUUGUCUAACAAUUCAGUAGAAUGUCUGUGGAAAACAAAUGAAAGAGCGUGCCAAUGUAUUUUAUAUACUGCACUUGGAUUUUGGCCGUUUUGGAUUGGGACACGUUCGCCUGCUGUGACAGCGAAAUAACCCCCCCGACCCCCUUCUCUCUUUUUAAAAAGAACGAUUGUAGAUCCUGUCGGACAGAUCUCUCCGAGCCGCGGUUGACAUCUUCAGACCUACCACACUGGACCGUGCGCUAGCGAUGGCCUUAACUGGUUCUUAUUCACAAUUUGUUACUUGCGCAAUAUUUCUUUUCAAUUUGUACAGAGUUAGUUAAGAUAUUCUAUUAAAGUUGUGCGACAUGGA